GAGUAGACCAUUGAUGGUGAAUAGAAAGUUUUCAUUAGUGAAGAUGAAGUAGCAUGGAGAUGAUAAUGUUUUUCAUGGCAGGACAAUCACAAGCAAGUCCAAAAGAAAAUUUGCAGGAAUUUCUCACAGUAAAGAGUCAACUGAAGUGCCAUUGAUUUUUUUUAGGAACCGGUUUCCUUACAUGAGUUAUGUUUUUUAUUUUGAUAGAAACUUUUUUUCGUGAAUGAUCAAGGUGUUGGAAAACUUAUUAUAUGUUCCUUUUUAUAUUUUCAGUAACAAAUUAAUUUGAAUUUCAAUAACUUGGUUGAGACAAUUACAACUAUUAUUUAUAUCAUUGAUAUAAUUUAUCCGACCAACGGGCGGACCCAAAUCUAGUAAAAAAUAUACGUUUCCAUAAAAAAUUUCUCUCUGCGACUCCAUCUUCACAGACUCAUCUCUAUCACUCUCUCUCCUCUCAUUCCCUUCUCUCGAUUUAGGGCAAAACCCUCCAAACUCGCACACGUUUGACUCACCACACAAGCUUAGACGAUCUCCUGUUUCCUUCGCCGAUCCGCCUCUCAGGUACCGCUUCCUGACUCGCGAGCUCGAUCUCCAUUCGCCCUCUGUUCAAUCUUCCCCACCGGCUUCUUCGUUCUUUCUGAGUUCGAUCAUGGAGGGAGCUACUGCGUGGAUUGAAAUGAAUACAUUUAGCUAUCGUCUAGGUUUUUUUGCGGAGAGGAUCGCUUUUUUUGUUGUUGGACGUGCUUUUCUUCAACAUCUUGCUUGGGCAAAAAGUGCAAUUAUUGACUGAAUUUGAUGGCCACUAGACUGAGUAUUGCUGGUGGCUGUUUGUUUAACUCCAUUUUUUGUUCGGUUGUUGAGAUAAUGAGGAUCGGAAAUAAGGAGAUACGGUGACAGUUGAGCGGUUUCCUUUCGUUACUCAAUAGAUACUCACCUGCUACUGUAUUGAUUGCGUAAGCGGAAGUGUCGAAUUCGUAUGGUCGUUCUGUUCCAGUGGAGUUUACUGAAAGUGUGGAGGCAAUAGAAAUCUUCGUUCAUCGACUUGCAGUUGUUUCUUACAUGGUUUAGUCAGGUUCAAACGUGCAGUUUAGAUGGUUUUGGCCCUCCAACUUGUUUGUUGUCCGUGGAAGGAGGCUUAGAUUGCCUAACUUGGUGGUUCAGAUUUUUUUGCUUAAUUGGAAAUCGGGAGUCUCGUUCAAUGUUAGUCUGCUUUUCAGUUAUUCAUGGAUUUCCUCAGUGUUUUUUGUUCUUGCCUUGUUUGCUUGAUCUUUUCCAAACUAGUAUCUUGUCCUGUUAGAUCAUUUGAUGCAAUUUUGGUUGCCAUGAUAUCUGUGUUAUUUGGUGCAUUCUAGGCUGAUGUCAUCUAUUCAUCGUACAAUGCCGAUGCUUGCCUUUUGCUCAGCGAGGCUGUAUCAUUAGCAUUUAGAACUCAUCUCAAUCUACUUUGCGUUAUGUUCAGUGGACUGUACCUUAUUUUGCUUAUGUUAUGUCCUUUACUUUUCUCAGCAUGGUUAUUUUCUCACAACUGUCUUUUUUCGUUUCAGGCCAGAAGUUGGAAGCUUUUUGAUAGUCUUGUUGUUGUUCUUGCUUCAACGCAAGGAAGGGCUGCUCUUUACCAAGGAAUGAUUUUUCACAUGACCUGUUGACAUAUAUCCAAUGUCGGGUCUACUUAAUUCUUCUCUGAAUGGUUCAGCCUCAAAUAUUCCUGAUAGCAGUGGGAGGCCUUUCACUACAUCGUUCUCUGGCCAGUCUGGUGCAGGAUCUCCUGUGUUUCAUCACUCUGGAACUAUGCAGGGACUUCACAACCUCCAUGGGAGCUUUAAUGUCCCCAACAUGCCGGGCACUCUAUCAUCAAGAAACUCUACAAUGAACAACGUACCAUCUGGUGCUGUUCAACAACCCACAGGUAGCCUUUCUAGUGGACGGUUUGCUUCAAAUAAUCUUCCGGUGGCCCUAUCGCAGUUAUCUCAUGCAACUUCACAGGGACAUUCUGGAGUAACCAAUAGAGGAGGAUUGGGAGUGUCCCCAAUUUUGGGAAAUGCAGGUCCUAGGAUUACAAGUUCGAUGGGUAACAUGGUUGGAGGGGGCAACAUUGGGCGGAGCAUAAACCCGGGCGGAGGAUUAUCCGUGCCCGGGCUUGCGUCUCGUUUAAACUUAAGUGCAAAUAGUGGAUCUGGAAGUUUAAGUGUGCAGGGACAAAAUCGACUCAUGGGCAGUGUUCUACCACAAGGAUCUCCUCAAGUGAUGUCCAUGUUAGGAAACUCCUAUCCUAGUGGCGGCGGACCACUUUCGCAAAAUCAUGUCCAAGCAGUUAACAACCUAAGCUCUAUGGGAAUGUUGGGUGAUGUAAACUCCAAUGACAGCUCGCCUUUUGAUAUAAACAAUGAUUUCCCUCAAUUGACAAGUCGACCCAACUCUGCAGGGGGGGCUCAAGGACAACUGGGUUCUCUGCGAAAGCAAGGUCUUGGAGUAAGUCCCAUCGUUCAGCAAAACCAAGAGUUUAGCAUACAGAAUGAAGAUUUCCCAGCAUUACCUGGAUUUAAAGGUGGAAAUGCCGAUUAUGGGAUGGAUAUGCACCAGAAAGAACAAUUGCAUGACAGCACAAUGUCAAUGAUGCAGUCUCAGCACUUUUCCAUGGGGAGAUCCUCUGGGUUCAAUAUAGGGGGGACAUACUCUUCAUAUCGUCCACAGCAACAGCAGCAACAUGCCCCAGCUGCCAGUAGCGGUGGUGUCUCCUUCCCGUCUGUGAACAAUCAAGAUCUUCUUCAUGGUUCAGAUAUAUUUCCAUCUUCACAUUCAAACUAUCACUCACAGAACAAUGGCCCACCUGGAAUUGGGUUGAAACCUCUAAGUUCUGGGAAUUCAGUAUCUGGUAUCGGAUCAUACGAUCUUAUGCAGCAGUAUCAUAAUCACCAAAGCCAGUCGCAGUUUAGACUGCAGCAAAUGUCCGCAGUGAAUCAGUCCUUCAGGGAUCAAGGAAUGAAAUCCAUGCAAACACAGCCAGUUGCUGAAAAGUUUGGAUUACUUGGGUUGUUAAGUGUUAUACGGAUGAGUAAUCCUGAUCUGACGUCUUUGGCACUUGGAAUUGACUUGACGACUCUGGGAUUGAAUCUCAAUUCAACAGAAAAUCUUCACAAAACAUUUGGCUCUCCAUGGUCUGAUGAGCCAGCCAAGGGUGAUCCUGAGUUCAGCGUGCCUCAAUGUUAUCAUGCCAAACAACCUCCUGUUUUACAUCAAGGAUACUUUUCAAAGUUCACGGUUGAAACGUUGUUUUACAUAUUCUACAGCAUGCCGAAAGAUGAAGCUCAACUAUAUGCUGCCAAUGAACUGUACAACAGAGGCUGGAUCUACCACAAAGAGCAACGGUUAUGGUUAAUAAGAGUACCGAACGUCGAGCCACUGGUUAAGACGCCCACCUACGAGAGGGGCUCUUAUCACUGUUUUGACCCCAACACAUUUGAAAUAAUCCGCAAGGAUAAUUUUGUAUUGAAUUACGAUUCAGUGGAGAAGAGACCAGGUCUGCCUCAACACUAACAGCAGGUCAUUUCUUUUCUAGUUGUAGAUUGUAAAGCUCAGUCAGUCAUGGGUCUCCAGCUUGACAUUCAUUCGGAGGCACGGCAGUGGUCGGCUUCAGUUUUAAUGUUGCUUGAAUUUGGCAGUAACUUGUACUUUGUCAAUCUUUGCUCUUAGUAGCUCGAUCAGCUCAGUUAGUUGCGGUAAAUAUUUCCGAUGACAUUUUAAUCCGUUUUGAUGAUAAGAACGCUUGAUCCCUUGAGCCUCAUUGUCAUAAAAUCGUGGUACGCGCUCCCGAUGUUGCUAGAGAACUACUGGAUUAGGCAGGCUAUCAUUGGUGGUUCCUCGAUCCAUCGCUGUUGACGGUAGGACGUACUCCCCAAUGGACAAUGGUCAGAUGCUGCUUGUGGUAAGUAGUUUCCAACAAAUGCCACCCUGCUUCUAAGAUAAGUAGGACAGGUAUGGAUUCCGUAGGCUGGAUGGAGUUGCGUUUUGCCUUAUGCUUUCGUACAUAGGCACGGUGUUAAUAAUAGCCUGUGUGCUCUUCGUCCUGAUUGUAGUGAUUAAUGCCUCGCUGCAAACCAGUUCCUAAAAUACCGUUUUGCUCAUAAGUAGUAGUAAAGACACUCAAUGUUG